UAUCCAAACCAGUCUGGACAUGUUGAAUCACACAUUCACGCAAACCAGAAACUUCCAACUUUUGUUAAAAGAGACCAAAGUGGGUGCAAUCCUGUCUCAUUUUAAACUGGUUCUUGGCUUCAGAUCUAUUAUCAGUUUUAUUUCACAGAGCACCCUGAGUACAUCAUCUCCAACUUGAUAGUACUGGCACCAUCAUACUGUGGGAAUGCUUUUCAAAGAAUGACAAGGGAGGCCGGUCCGAAUUGAUGGGAAGAUGAAUCGUCCCAUCGUCCCAGCUCUUCACAUGGUAACCCAGGAAACAAAACCUGUUCAAGAAAAAAACAAAACAAAAAGCUGCGCUUUUGGAGAAGGUUCACCUCCAGCAGGACAAUGACAUCGACCUUGUAGUUGUAGUGAAAUGUUUAGAAACAAAGUAUAUUGAUGUGCUAGAGUGGCCAAGUCAAAGCCCAGACCUGCCCAGACUGAUUUGGUAAUCAGUGGCAAGACUUUCUAAUACGACUCAGCUUGAACCUUUUUGGAAAAAGGAAUAGGGAAGAAAAAUCAGUAGAGCAUAAAUAUAGAUAGAGCUCCAAAGUCUUGCUGCUAUAACAGCAUCUAAAGGUGGCUUUGCAAAAACCAUUUAACAUUUCCGCUUUGUCAUCAGGAAAAAAUAGUAAUUAAGUUGAUAAAAUGGUAAAACCAUGAUGACUUCUGUUAUUACGCAUUGCACAGACAACGUUCAUAAAAUAAAAUAAAAUAAAAUAAAAUAAAAUAAAAUAAAAAGGGAACCAUGUCUUGUGAGCUACAUGGUGGUUCGUUGUAUCUGGUCUCGCUCUGAUAAUCGCCUGCAUUUGGCAAGCAGUUUGUGAUGGAUUGAGGGAGAGGAAGGUCCUAAUGACAGCGGCAGCCAGAGGAGAGCACGAGGAGAAAAUCCCACACUGAUGCAAACGAGCAUCAAAUCCUCUGACAACGUGACGUCCGAGCAGGCUCGUGGUGAAACGCGUGUGAAUUAGGUGGAAAUGAAUCACUUUGUCUCCUGUCUGAGCUCCUUGUUGGAGAUGUAGCCUGUCCGUGGACAGUAUUUGGCAACUUUCCGGGUGUCCAAUGGGACCCUCUUCUCACCUGGUGCGCUCGUGCGUCUCUUCCACCUCGCACCCAUGAACUUCUGGGUCCCGCGCGCGCCGCUGACGCUGCUGAGGCUCGUGCAUCCCUCACGCGGACAAUGAAGACGAGGACCCUCCUGUCGGUCAGCCUGAACUUCUUCGCCCUGUUCUUCGCCAUCACUGCCUUCGUCACCACUUACUGGUGCGUGGGGACGCAGCGGGUGCCCAAGCCCAAAUGCAGCAAGCUGCGGACGCACCAGUGCAUAGACUACGGAGUGAACGAAACGGACCCCAACAAGGUGGUGUACAGCUGGGAGACCGGGGAUGACAGGUUCCUGUUCCGACAGUUUCACACCGGCAUUUGGUUCUCGUGCGAGGAGAACAUCCACGAUGAAAGUGAAAGAUGCCGAAGUUUCAUCGAUUUAGCUCCUGCAUCAGAGAAAGGAAUGCUGUGGCUAUCUGUGGUUUCUGAGAUGUUGUACAUUUUGCUGCUGAUGGUGGGCUUCAGCCUCAUGUGCAUGGAGCUGGUCCACUCCAGCAACGUAAUUGAUGGGCUCAAGCUCAACGCCUUUGCUGCUGUCUUCACGGUGCUCUCAGGUCUUCUUGGCAUGGUGGCUCAUGUGAUGUACACGCAGGUCUUCCAGGUCACGGUCAGCCAUGGUCCACCUGACUGGAGACCCUACAACUGGGAUUAUGGGUGGUCUUUCUGCUUGGCAUGGGCAUCUUUCACCUGCUGUAUGGGCGCAUCAGUCACCACCCUCAACUCCUACACGAAGACUGUUAUCGAGUUCAGACACAAGCGCAAGACUUUUGAGCAGACCAUCCGGGAGGAGAACGCACGGGAGGCGUACGGAUACUUCCGGGACAACUCCUUGCACUCCAUUUCUAAAUCUGUGGACGUUUACUCCAGUCAGUCUCUAAAAAGCGGCAGGAGGACUCCUGUACCUACCACCUCAUUGGACUUUGUCGACCUCGCAGCAUCUCUUGGGGAGGAACAAUGCUGAUGUGUUAUUGUUGUAUUCUACUGUGAGGCUUGUGGGUUUGCUCUUCAACAUUGCCUUAAGUGAAGCAGAUCAGGUGGCUUCAAGUCACACUUGAUUCAAGUUGGGAAAUAAACUGGCGAAAAAAAUGGACAACUCCUGAGAUCCAUGGAUGUACAUGUAUUUUAUUUUUCUUUUUUUGUGAAACUGAAUAUAUUGUAACAUAUAAAGAAAUGUUGAGUUCACCCAUA